AUGACCUUAAGCAACAUUCCGAAUCUCAAGGCCAAGACCAUUUUGGUUGACCUUGGAGGCAUCUUUAUGCAUGCACCAACUGACCGGACGCUUGUGACUGGGGACUCUACCAUUUCUCUACGAAGACUCAUGUUGUCAUCAAUCUGGAUGGACUACGAAUCUGGGAAGCUCAGCGAGGAAGAUUGCUUCGCACGGUUAGCCAGCGAACAUCACAUUGAAGCGAGUGAACUAGCAGCGAUGAUUAGUGAUCUUCGUCAAACUAUCACUUACGAUGAGAAUACUGCUGCGGUCUUUAAAAACAUCAAACAGUCAAAAAUCCGCAUUUUCCUGGUGACAAACAUCUCUCACGAGGACUAUGCGGCGCUCCAAAGCCUGUGGAGUCAUGCUUUCUGGUCUAUCUUUGACGGCGUCUUCACCUCAUCGGCACUCGGCGUCCGAAAGCCCAAUUUGCGUUUCUAUCGUCAAGUCCUCCGAGCCACGAGGGCGACUCCUCAUGAAACCUUCUUCAUCGAUGAUCGUCCUGAAAAUGUGCUCGCGGCUCUCAGUCUCGGUAUGAAGGGUACAUCUGACACUUCUGACCUUUCCCGAUCGCUCGCCAACUUUAUCGGGAACCCCAUCGAGCGAGGGCUUGCCUUCUUGCGAAGACAUAGCGGGAAGUUCCCUACAACCACCCAGAGCUUGGUGGAUAUUGAAGUCCCGCCUCGACUUUGGAACUUUUUCAGUGGGAAACCGAAAUACACGACCGAUGACUACCCCCCAGACUUGGACACCACAUCACUUGGAAUGAUAGCUUUCCCUCCUGACGAGGCGACGGCCCACUCUAUUCUAGACGACAUGCUUGAUUAUGUUGACGAAGACGGCAACAUCUAUGCGUACUAUGAUAAAUCACGGCCGCGAGUUGACGCAGUGAUCACCCUCAAUGUUUUGAUUAUAUUCCACAAAUACGGGCGCGGUCACGAAUUGCCGAUAACGUUAGAGUGGAUGUUUAAUAUCCUGUUGAACCGGGCAUACAUAAACGGUACACGCUACUACGCUAAUGCUGAGUGGUUCCUCUAUUAUAUGGUGCGCCUUCUUCGCGAGUCCAUUGAUCCAACGCUCGAAGAAAGGUUCAAGUGUCUUCUCCGAAAACGUGUGGCUGAGAGGAUUGGCAGUCCCGGUGAUGCGUACUGUCUGGGUAUGCGAGUACUUGCUUGUAGGUAUCUGGGUAUUGAGAAUUACCCGGAUCGCCAGAAGCUUGUGGAUAUGCAACAGGAAGAUGGCGGCUGGGAGGCUUCUUGCAUGUACUACUUCCCGGGAAAGAAACGGGAGGUCGGAAACAGAGGAGCUAGCACAGCUUUUGCCUUGAAAGCUCUCGAGGAUUGGUCUCCUUGA